AUGCAUUGGAUUCGACUAUUCUUGGUAACGAUUAUUUGUUUCGUUACUGUAGAGGCUUCUACUCAGUCAACGAUUGUUUUCAUUCCACUCGAUGAACGUUUUACUACGAGAUCGAUCGUCUUAAAUCUUGCCCGUCUCAUUCAAAAUGAUUUCGACAUACUCACACCGCCGAUGGAAAUAAUCAGCCAUUGGAAACAACCUGCUGAUACAGAUCGACUCUUUCAAUGGUUACAUGAACAAAUCAGCACGACAUGUAUCACGUCAUCAUCAUGUGCGCUACUGAUUUCCACAGAACAACUAAUCUACGGGGGUUUAAUCAAUAGUCGACUAAGUAAUACAUCGUUCGAUGAAUUGAAUCUUCGUCUACGAACUCUAGUUGGAUUUAAACAAGAAUUCGGUGUCAAACUUAAAAUCUAUCUUAGUUCUGUUAUUAUGCGUAUUCCAGCAUAUAACGAAGAUUUCGAAGAACCCGACUAUUGGGCAACGUAUGGACGUCUAAUUUAUCUCUGGUCAUUCUACACUGAUCGUUAUGCUGUAUUGCACAAUCCAGCUGAUGAAGAACAAGUGAAAAUUCUAGAAAAACAGAUUCCUCAAGACAUUCUCCAAGAAUUUGUCUGGCGACGUGCACGAAAUUAUAAUUUGACUUAUACAUUAUUGAAUGACUAUACGCAAGCCUAUUUCGAGCACAUAUGGCUAACUCUAGAUGACAAUGCUGAAUAUGGAUUGAAUAAAGCUGAAGAAAGAAAAUUGAUCCAGUUAAUUAAUAAUCCUUCGCUUAAUAUAAGUUCAAAGGUGAACAUCUAUCCCGGAGCUGACGAAGUCAGUCUAGCCAUACUUAGCCAAAUUGUUGUUAGUAACAAGCAAACAGCAAAGCCAACAUUCAAAGUUCGCUAUCGAAAUAUCACCACACAAAAUUAUAUACCAAAUUAUGAAGGUGCACCGCUCAAUGAAAGUGUUCUCAAACAAAUAACUGCUGUUGGGGGUCAUUAUAUCGAAGACGCAAACGAAUCUACAUCCGAUAUUCUCGUUCUUGUAAAUAACUGGUCAACAGAAACACAACAAGAAGCAACUGGACUACAAACUUGCGAGGACUACUCGUCAUUAGAUGUAAAAACAAAUCAAUCAGUUAUUGUCUAUGCUGACGUACGGUAUAGUAAUGGUGGUGAUCGAUGUUUUUCUCAAUGGAUAUCAAAUCGCACUGUGCUAGGAGCGUAUGCGUAUGCUGGAUGGAAUACAAAUGGUAAUACUCUAGGAACGUGUUUGAGUAAUGGCGUUCUUUUGAAAUACUAUGGAAAUGUAUCGCUGAAAGAAAAUCGUCGAUUUACAAUGUAUCGUUUUAUCGAAGAUGUUCAAUAUCAGGCCAAUCUGCGACAAAUACUCUCAUCGUACUUGAUAAAUGUGUCUCUCGAUCCGUCGGAUAAACUCAAUAGUGACUUGAAGUUCUAUGAGACCUUUAUCAACAAAGGCUUUGUUCCUUAUGCCGAUGGAAUAACGAAAGAAUUCCAAGUAACAAAUGUCUUUUAUCCGUGGAAUCGAACAUUUGAAAUCGGUUUUCAUUUGCUUGACAACUAA